UUCAUAGUAAAUACACUUUCAAGGCUGGAUUGAUGACUUACGAUAUAUAAAUACAUACAUUCUAUGUACAUACAUAAUAAUUUGCGUGCAUGUGGCGUCUUGUACUAUACUUUGUCAGUUUUUAUUACUUUUAAGAAACUCUUAAGAAAAUGUCGAGUUUGUACGUUUCCGAAAAUAUUACUGUGUUGUAUAAAUUAAACAGCAGCAAAUUAAGAAAAGCUUGCAGUAAUCUGUGCACAUUAUGUACUUAUUAUUGUGCACCGAAUAAUGGGUCCAACGAGUUUGUGGAAAAUUGCCUAUUAUAGAAAUGCAAUGCAUGAAAGUUUAUAAAGUGAUGGUUAAUGCAUAUAUUACUUGGGAAAUUGAAACACCAUCCAUAAUCACCGGCCUACCUCUGGGAAGAUGCUUAAUACAAAAGGAAUAGGACGUACCUUUAUUCUAGAAAGGAAAUAACAAUAAACUGUGUCAUCAUUUAUGAGCCAUGAAUUGGGACACAUGACCAAUUAUAAAAGACCCCUCCACUAUAAAUAUUCAGUCAACGAAAGCUAACUCACGCCUAUUUGAGCAAAUCAAUAAAUUGUUGUUUCGUUUGCAAUAAUAUUUUGCACAUAGUAUGGCAGACCAGCCAGCCGCACAGCAUAAAGCAGAAUUUUCAGGUUGUUGGUGCACCCACGAGACAUUUCUAUCGGAAGAAAAUCUCGUCGCCACUGCAGCACCACACGAUCACAGCAUUUUCUCCAACUCCGUGCAUACUUUCAUCGCAUGGCAUAAGAAGCACAAGCAUGCAGAACCGAUGAAAGGGUAACUCCAUACAACGAGGAGAGAGAAAUGUAGCAUAAAAAACAGGGAGCUAAGCAAAUGGAACAAGGAAUAAUAGUUAACAAGGAAGGAACACGAUACUAAAACUAAUGUGGAGAAAGCACAGUGAAAGCAAGCUCCACGAGAGCAGAAAAUGUUGGCACAAACACGUUCCGCUUGCCUUCCACCUGCUUUAAUAUUAUGCUUAUGUUCAUACACGCUCUGAGAAAAUCUGGACCAUUUUUUGCCCUUCUACUUCCACAGACUUCCCAAUGCCAAUGCAAUUUAUUAGCAGAAGAAGAAGCAAUAAUAGUUUGCGGCAUUGUUGUCAAUCAAAUUUUUAUAGGUCAUGCUAUAUCUAAUUCGUCAGCAUUACAGUACCACUCAAAUUAUAAGCAAUUAUUUGUCUCCAAUUCGCAUUUAAUGAGUAGCAUUAUAGUUCUCUUUUUCCACAUACUAAAUAUUUAUACGCGACUUUUAGUACAUACGUACAUACAAUAAUUCAAGGCAAUACUAUAUGGUUUCACUCUAUUGAAAGGAGGAAAUUGAUGGGGAUGGAAUACAUUUACAUUUGCAGAAAUGGCCUGUGCUAUUUCUAGAGUUGGGGGUAAUCCUGCACCAAUCCUGAGAGAAAGAGAGUGUUCUUGAGAGUGGAGCAGGAGAAAGCUGAGCAUGAUGGUGCAUGGUGGCCUUUAUAUUACACGAGUCCGUGCUGGAAGUAGACCAUGGUGGAUUUUCUAUCUGCUUUCAAGAGUUCUGGAUGGGAGGUUGCUACGAUAAUGACAAAAAGAGCGAGUUGCUUUUCACCACUGCUUCUCUAAGCCGAGCAUUCUAUUCCGGAUCCCCGUGUAGCUCAAAUGCCCAGGCUUGUGAAGAGUUUUUCGAGGAGGGAUGUGAUGGAGAAGGAAAACGGGCGGCUUUCUCCAUCCGCAUGAGAGAGAGAGAGAGAGGGAGAGAGAAAGGCAGCAGCAGCAGCAGAGGUCUGGAUAUAUGGAGUAGUAUUGAUCUGACGACAAGGAGGACGGUGGGUUAUAGUUGGGAGAGGCCAACCAGCGAGGCAGACCGGCCAACUAACUAACGAUAGGCAGGAUUCAUCGAAAUCAGCUCUGGGUGGUUUAGGAGGAGGGAGAAAGCAGUUCUUUUAUACAGAAUGGAGACAACGUGCCUGAUCUGCCUUCACUCCAGUUAUUUUAAUUCACUACCUGCAUCACGUCAGACAAAGAGCUCGUUUAUCAUGGGCAGCGGAUAUUAAGCAGUAAAUAUCCAUUCCAAAUCUGUUCUCUCUCUGCACACUCUCGACGAGGAGCAAGUGAGGCAGUGGAGCCAUAGGAGGAGAAAGCUAUAGGGGGGCAAGGUCGGCAGGCGAAAAUUAUUAAUACAUACAUAAUCGGAGUACGCAUAGCAGCCUUCGUCUUCUUAAUCCUUCUUCUUCUUCCUUCUUAACAGCGCCCAGGAGUGGUGGCCGUCUUUCGUUCAAUCAUGUGCAUAAAUGUCGAUACUUUCAUUUCCUUAUGCCAAUUUACCCCGUGCUUACCACUUUUAAUAUGGGACUCGCUUCCACUAUUCUGACGAUCACGUAAAUUAUAGUCAGAUCUCCAUCAGCAUUUUAGUUGAUAUUACUUUCGGCUUCCCUCAGUAUAUCUGCAUAUUCAAUUUGUCGCAGUUUGACUGAAUUUUGAAUCUCAUUCCUUGUCGUAACUCGAAAGUUUACAUGAAAACUUGAAUGCAAUAAUAAAAGUCUGUUAGGAAUAGAACAAGAAAAAUUCAUGCAAAUGAAUCUGCAAAUGCAAGCGUUAGAGAAAGUUAGCGAGAACAUUUACCUUCUUGCUGGAGCUGUCUCAUCACUUGCGGUGCUCAUCACUUACUACUUAUUCAAUGUCGCAAAGGAGCCCAGGAUUCAUACCAGCAAUGAAAAGCUGCGUGCAUUUUUGGACAAACAUGUGCACACUCUAAAAAAUAAAUAUUAUCCAUCGUGUUUCUGGGAAGGGAGGUUACAAUCCGUGAUGGGCUUGCGUCUCAGACUUUCUCCAGCUUUCAAAUUGCCUUAUCGACGGGAAAUAGUGACACUUUUGGAUGGUGGUCAGGUCGGUAUUGAUUUUCUGGAACCAACCCAGAAGAAAGACAAAGAGCCUAGCCUUAAAGUACUUAUCCUACCUGGGUUAACUAGUUCGUCCCAAACUUCUUACGUAAAAACGCUAGCAAUGACGUGUCAAAGUGCUGGGGCUACAGUCAUUGUGCUAAACCAUAGAGGACUUGGAGGAGUUCCCAUAAAGACACCCAGACUGUAUUCUGCGUCUAACUGUGAAGACCUAGUCGAAAUAAUUCACUACCUGAAACGAAAAUACCCUGGAGAAAAGAUGAUGACAAUAGGAACGUCGAUGGGAGGAAUGGUUUUCUGCCAAUAUAUGGUCAAUCACCAACAAGAAGCACAGGAAACAUUUAUCUGCGCAAUGGUGAUUUCCAUUUGUUGGGAUGUGGUCAAUGGGGUCAAAAAUCUAGAAAAGCCAUUUAUUAACCACUACGUCAUAAACUACGGGUUGACUCAAAAUGUAAAAUUUUUGUCAAAAAUGUACCGACAAGUACUUGAGGUUCGUGACUGUUGGGACUUUGAAAAAAUUCUUCGCAGCACGAACCUGAGGGAAUUUGACUCUCAUUUUACAGCUCCUCAAUUUGGCUUUGAAACUGUGAUGGAUUACUACAGAUCUGCUACUGUUAUAGAUAACGUUGACAAGUUUACGAUUCCUGUGUUUGGACUUUCUUCUGAGGACGACCCUUUGCAACCCCUGUCAUGUCUGCCGAUUAAACAGGCGGAAAUGGAAGGGAGUAAUUUGGCGAUGAUUGUGACCGUCCGAGGUGGACACCUUGGUUUCUUGGAGGGCGUGGUUCGGAAACCUUUUCAUUACAUGGAACGAGUGGUGCAUGAUUUUGUGACGGGAGUUCGAAAUCACAGGGAAAAUCUUUUAGGCUUCAAUGAGAACUAAUUACUACAAUAAUCCGCAGUUUUGUCUGAAACAUUGCUCUGUUCCACAUUGAUGACAUCAAGCAAUUCAUAGUAUAAUUCCCUAUUCAGACACAGGGAGGGAUACAUAAAUAGCUCAUAUAUGUAGCUCAUUACAUGUUUGCAAAGCGCAAAACAAAAUUUACUGAGAAUAUAGACGAUACAUACAAAUAACUCACCUGAAUAAACCACAUGGCUCAUGUUGCGUUGUGUGCAUCUCAGUCAGUACAUAUAUUAUGUAAUAAUACAUGCAGUUCAGAGAUACAAUGACGACGAUAAUGUAAUCAAUAAUGACGUGUAUGUAUAUUUAGUAUAUGACAUAUGACAAGUUGCAGAUUGUGGGAUCCUGGUGAUACAUACAUUGUAGUGUAUUUGUUAUUUUUUUCAUCAGAAUGCCUUCAUCCAUUAAAUGUAUGUGUAUAUACAGGAAUAGUCACUCUGCACUUUUAUUGCCUAUGCAAAACGGGCUCAUGUAUAAAUGAUAACCAUUUAAAUCGUUUUCAUGAUUCCUGAAAUGAUAAGGCCACGUCUUUAUUGCUAGAAAUUAAUUAUAGGGACAGAGUUUUCAAUAUAGUUUUGAAAAGUGCAAGUUUUGUGAUAAUAUAUCAGUCAAGCCCAUAAAUAUUAGCACAAAGGACUUUAAA